AAUUCUAACCCAACUUGUUUGUUUACAUUUUUUAUAUUACUUUUUCAAAUUUCAAAUAUUUUCCGUUUUACAUUAAAAAAAAACAUUCUUUUUAAACCACGUGCUAAUGCUGGAUUAAGCAUUUCAGCUAAUACCUUAAUUUACUGUGAUCAAUCAGAAUCAUGGAGGUUGUUCCCUCUUGUUCUUCAGAUGUAUUCUCAGCAGCACCAUCUGAAACUCUGUUAAAUAGAUUAGGUAAAUGUGAAGUAUGUGACUUCCACAAUGCAAAAUACACAUGUCCAAAAUGUGAGGUGAAAACAUGCUCACUCAGGUGCAACAAAAUCCAUAAACUAGAGGUUGAAUGUGAUGGAAAUAGGGACAAAACCAAAUAUUUGGCCAUCAAUAAGUUUUCAAAUAUGGACUUGGAGAGUGACUAUAGACUUUUGGAAAAUAUCUCGGAGAGUAUGCAAACUAUUAAGAAGAAGUUCGGAAAGAGGAAUGAACAAAAUGUUAUACCACCACACCUAUUUAAACUGCGCAACGCAGCUAAACAAAGAACAACAACCCUCAAAUUCCUCCCAUACAAAUUUGUCAGACACAGAACCAACACCACACAAUUAAACUUCAAAACCAACAUAAUCUCUUGGCACAUCGAGUGGGUAUUUGUAAAUGCUGACAAUCUGCGCAUAUGCGAUUCCCGAGUACCGGAAACCGAAAAACUGGGCACAACUUUAACUAAACAUUUAUUGAAACAAGAAGAUCCGCUCAUGCAAGAAAAAAUGCAAUUUUAUCAAUCGGCCGAUUUGUCCGGGUUACAGCUGUUUUUAAAGGCGGAACAGAAGAGCGGAAAGAAGUUCUUCGAGCUCGAUUACAAUUUGAGUAUUAAGGAGAAUUUAGCUAAAAAGUUGAUCAUCGAAUAUCCAACUAUUCACGUGCUUCUGAAGGAUCAUGGGUGUGGUUAUGAGAUUAUUGAUUCAGAUGAUGAAGAUGGAGACAUACUAGAUGAUAUAAGAACAGGGAAUGAAGUAGUGGAACAAAUUUUAAAUAGGGCAGAGAGUGAUGAUAGUCUUUACAAUUCUCUUAAGAAUCUGCUUUUUAUAAGCGAGUAUUCUGAUGAAGAGAAAAAUUAAUAUAUAUUUUUUUUUUGGAAAUGUUUAUCAAAAGGUUUUUGUGUUGAUUUAAUAUGUUAAGUUUAAAAAUUACAAAAGAGUUUGGGCGAAUUAUAUUAAGCAUAGUUUGGGAGUUUUUAAGAAGAGUUUGAUUAAUUUUUAAAUAAAAUUAUGUUAUUUUGUUUCUAAA